AUGCUCGCGCCUCUCAAAGCCAGGACUCAGAUCGGGGGCCUGGUAUUUGGCAAGGAUGAGGAGCCGAUGCCUCGGGCGCCGCCGGCGCCCGAGUCCUUGGUCUUCCCGAAGCCCUUGCCGUGGCUGGAGCCCGCAGGUGACCUCACCAUGUCGCCCAAACAUGCGGUGCAGAUGGAUGUGGAGAAUAGACCAAUGGCUCGGAUCGAUGCGUUGGAGCGGCGCUUGGAGGGCCGAGACUCGCAGGCGGUCAGGAAGCUUGAGGACGAUGUUCAGCUCCUGCGCAAGGUUUUUGAAGAGCAAAACAUGGUGGAGUCGCAUCGGCUGAAGAUGCUGGAGACGCAGUCUCAGCAGUCGCAGCUGCAGGAGGCGAUGCUGAGGGAGCAGGUCAUGGCUCUGCAGGCAGAGCUCCGGGACUUCAGCGGUCGCAGCCUGCGGCAGCUGGCCGGGCACGCGGAGGUGGAGGGCCAGGUGGCGCAGGUCCUGGCACACCAGCGGAACUCCGCGGAGGAGUGGCGACAGGCGAUGAGGCAGAAAGAUGCCCAGGUGCAAGCGGAGCUGGAGAUGCUGAGCGGUUCAGUGGAGGAUCUGCGGGAGAAGCUGCUUGCCACCCAGGGCGAGCUGCGGGUGCGUUUGACUGCCCUGGAGAUCCCCAUGCGCUCCAGCGACGGCGGCACCGGCGGGGUGGAUGGUGGCUACCUGGCGCAGUCGGUGGAGUUCCUGCAGCAACACAUGGACAAGCUGCAGCAAGGCUCGAUCCAGGCCGGCGCGGCGCUCUCGGAGCUGCACGCGCGGCUGGAAGGGGAGAGCGCCGCACGCGCUGCAGCGCAACAAGAGCACGGUUCACGACUAGAGGCUCUGAAUCAGGCCUUGGGAUUCUCCCGUGCCUUGAUGACCCAGUCCAUCGGCCAGCGCGUGGAGGCGCUCGAGGAGCGACUGGGAGUCGAGCGGAAGGAGCUCUUUGCAAGACAUCUGCGGCUGCGCGAUGAAGUUUCCAACGAGGGCCAGGAGGGAUCGGCACGGCUACAAGGCCUAUCUGAGAGGGUGUCCAGCGCGCUGGACGCUUUGGAGCAGCGCUGCGCGAGCGUGGAGAAGGGCCACACGGAGCUGGACGCAAGGGUGGCGGACGCGGCGAGGAUCUACAGAUCUGAGGGCGGCAUGAUCAAGACCGCGUUGUCAGCCAUGUCCAGAAGGUCUGAGGAGGUGUCAGCUCGUCAGUCGGAGGCCUUCAAGGGCUUCAAGGCCGAGGUUGAGGCGACUCUACGGCAGCUCGGUGAAACCCUGGACGCGGAGCGCCGGACGCGGCUGCAGGAUGAGAAGCGCAUCGAAGAGGAAGUCACCGAGGCGGCUCGGAGGGCCAUCGGUACGGAAGUGGCAGCACUGCAGAAUGCAUUCAAGAAGCAGGCGGAGACGGUGGUGAUCGAGCUGGAUCGCAUCCGCAAGGUCAACGCGGAUCGCGCCGACCGCCUGUCGCGGUACGUGGAUGCGGCCCUGAGUGAUGCCGGAGUUCACCCGGGCUCGGCCCGCGAGUCCGCUGCAGAUGGGCGGCUGCUACGGGACCUCAAGGAGCAGGUUGCGAACCUCCAGAAGGGUUUUGCGCAGCAGGUGCAGGCCUGGGAGCACAAGACCUCCGAAGUGGCGGAGGAGUUGCGGGGCAAGUUGAUGCGGGCAGCCGAUGUGCAGGAAGACGAGGGAAAGGCUCUUCGCCGGGAGGCUGAGAAGGCCGCCAGAGACGUCGAGCGCCGCUUCCUCUCUCGCCAGGAGGAGCUUGAAAAUCGGUUUGAGAACUACGUGCGCCACUUUGACAAUGCGAUCAACUCGAUCCAGGCGGCGGUGCUGAGACCCUGGCAGAGUGAGCUCGGUGCGUCGCCGCGACGCGGCGCUCACUCCAAGGAGCCCCCCAGCCCAGCUGACCCGGGGGGAGGGGGCGGCCCCAGCGACCCGGGCAGCCCAGGUGGCCCAGCCGAGCCCAGCCCUCCAGUGAGACACGCAGAUCGACCCACAACUCGGGGCUUGCCAGAGGAUGGGGCCGGACAAGCCCGAGACCCUGUUACUGAGCAGGUGCUGGCGAGUCUUUGGCGCCACGCGGCCAUGCAAAACCCGGACCCGACGGAUCGGCUCUUCGGGCGGCCUUCACCUUCGUCGUUGGAGCCGCUGCCCCGCUGGCACGCCUGCGAGAAGCAACGGCUCCUCCGGGAGGCGAGCAAGCGUGCUGCCAGACAGCAACUGCUGCAGUCAUUUUCUGCCAGGCUGUGCCGGACUCCCAGCCAGAGCCGCAGUGCUGCGAACUUGAGUACCUGUGCAUGUCCCCUCACGGACUGGUGGCAGCCUGGAAAGCUGCGAAGGGGCAAGCCGAGGGGGGUAGUCCCUGUGGCAGCCUCUCGGUGUCGAGCUUGCAGCGCCUGCACCCUUGGGUGGUCCACGUGGAAGGAAGGUCCAGACACAAGGCCUACUAGCGAGUGGGUGCCCAUGUCCCUCACGGAGUCCACAGAGCACGAGUCCCAGGAGACUGAAGAACCCAGCAGUGAGAUCCCGAUACCAGUGCCGGCCGCGCCGGUACGAGAGGCCGUUUGUGCUCUGGCGCUGAGCACGCGGCGUCGAGGUCCGGAGGCGGAAAGGCAGCCGCAGCACGCGGAGACGAAGGAGCCGGUGGGCAUCGCGCCGAGGCCGUACCUCAGAACCAGCCCCUCCGGUCUUAGCGGUUCGGGCGUGGACACCCUGGAGCUCACGGAGACCUCGAACACCUGGACCUCCAGCUUCGAGCGCGCCCAGUCCGGGGGAUUUGAGACGGUCUUCGAGGAGGCCGCCGAAGAGGUCGAGGCCGCGGAAGCCUCCGCGGAGCCUGCGGAGCUCGACAAGGGUGACGAGGCGGAGCAGUCCCAGGACAUCGACCCGCUGAGGCUGCCUAUCUUCCUCGCCUGCGCGCGGAAGGUGCAGAGGGUGUGGCGCUGGCAAAGCAAGAGCAAGAAGCUCUCCGGCAUCGCACUCGAGGAGCCGACGGACGACAUCCCAGGCGAAGAGAAGCCUGUCACCCCCGUCACCGUCGCUGUCACGCAGCCGGAUCUAACUGUGCUGGAGGGAUCGACUUCCAACGGCAAGGUGGCUUCUGAGGAUGCGGACCGGGGCGAAGGGCGAGUGAGCGAUCAGGAACACGUCGAGGAUGAGGUCAAGCAAACUUGCAGCGAAGGAGCAUUGCAAUCAAUCCUCGAGAGUGCAAUAGAAUCCAAAGCAGGUUCAAAGGAGCACAGCUCGAGUCCACGUCAGAAGCUUGACUGCAAGCCUGCAGAAAAUGAUCCCCUGCCAAAGAGCGGGGGGUCUGCAGAUGUUGGUAGCUCGCAUGCGGACCCCAGCGACAGAGAAGGCCAACAUGGCGAUGACCAUGAUGCGCAGGCUACAUUGAAGCCAGAUGAGGAGGCCAGCAAAGCAUUAGCAGAGCAUGCGGUUGAUGGUUUGUCAUCGGGCAAGGCAGAUUCUGAAGACCAAUAUACAGAGGAGGAGCAGAACGAAGACGCGGAGCGGCUGUCUGCCGCAGCCCACGAAGCGGGCAGCCCACAUUCAAAGAGUGCGGUAUCUGCAGAUGUUGGUAGCUCGCAUGCGGACCCCAGCGACAGAGAAGGCCAACAUGGCGUUGACCUUGAUGCGCAGGCUACAUUGAAGCCAGAUGAGGAGGCCAGCAAAGCAUUAGCAGAGCAUGCGGUUGAUGGUUUGUCAUCGGGCAAGGCAGAUUCUGAAGACCAAUAUACAGAGGAGGAGCAGAACGAAGACGCGGAGCGGCUGUCUGCCGCAGCCCAUGAAGCGGGCAGCCCACAUUCAAAGAGUGCGGUAUCUGCAGAUGUUGGUAGCUCGCAUGCAGACCCCAGCGAAAGAGAAGGCCAGCAUGGCGAUGACCAUGAUGCGCAGGCUACAUUGAAGCCAGAUGAGGAGGCCAGCAAAGCAUUAGCAGAGCAUGCGGUUGAUGGUUUGUCAUCGGGCAAGGCAGAUUCUGAAGACCAAUAUACAGACGAGGAGCAGAACGAAGACGCGGAGCGGCUGUCUGCCGCAGCCCACGAAGCGGGCAGCCCACAUUCAAAGAGUGCGGUAUCUGCAGAUGUUGGUAGCUCGCAUGCGGACCCCAGCGACAGAGAAGGCCAACAUGGCGUUGACCUUGAUGCGCAGGCUACAUUGAAGCCAGAUGAGGAGGCCAGCAAAGCAUUAGCAGAGCAUGCGGUUGAUGGUUUGUCAUCGGGCAAGGCAGAUUCUGAAGACCAAUAUACAGACGAGGAGCAGAACGAAGACGCGGAGCGGCUGUCUGCCGCAGCCCACGAAGCGGGCAGCCCACAUUCAAAGAGUGCGGUAUCUGCAGAUGUUGGUAGCUCGCAUGCAGACCCCAGCGACAGGGAAGGCCAACAUGGCGUUGACCAUGAUGCGCAGGCUACAUCGAAGCCAGAUGAGGAGGCCAGCAAAGCAUUAGCAGAGCAUGUGGUUGAUGGUUUGUCAUCAGGCAAGGCAGAUUCUGAAGACGAACAGUAUACUGAGGAGGAGCAGAGCGAGGAUGCCGAAAGGCCGAACACAUUUGGUGGCCUCCAAGCACCUGGGGAUGGCUCGCGUUCGUUGACUGGGAGCGACCGAGACAGUGAUGCCAAUCAAGCGCAAGAGGAUUUUCAGCACCACACCGGCGCAGCAACGCUGUUGCCACCAACUGUUGCAUUUGUUGGCUGUGAGGAAUCAUCCCCGGCCGCUUCAGUGGAUGCCCUGCAGGAGUACAAAGACAGCCUUUGGCCUGGCUCAGAUGCUCAAAGAUCAAGCAUGGACUCCGCCGCGUAUUCCGGCGAGGAUUGCUUCCUGGAGCUCCUGGAGGGGUCUCCGAAACCGCCAGCCGCUUCCGCCGCGGAGGAAAGUGUCCGGGAAGACGUGUUCGGCGACCACUCGGCGUCGUGUUCCUCGGAAAGGGACAGCCUGGCGGACGAGCAUUCUGGGCUGUGGUCUGCCAAACAGGCCUCCAGUGAACUCCGAGAGAAUUCACUGGGGCAGUUGAAAGAAUCGGAGCUGAACGAGGACGAAUACUCUGGAGACUGGUCUGCAAGCGAAGGUAAUUCGGAGAGGACAGAUCCUGAAGGGAUGUGA